CCGCACUUGGCUUCAAUGGCACAUUCGACGUCCUUCCGUCUUCGUGUCUUCGCGUUUACCAUACACAUCCUGAGUAACCGUUCGUUCUCAGACGAUCAUUACAGUUGGGAGAUCUCAGGGUCAACAGGAACCGAAAUGUUUGCUCGCUUAGCCGUACUACUUGCCAUUUGCCUCGUGCUUGAUAAGUGCACUGGGUACCCGUCGAUCAGACAAAGACCGCCGUACUGUCAGGGAUGCGGUGAUUCAUGCCACAAGUGUGAAUACGGAAUCGUUCUGUCGGCUGCCUGUGGCGGCAUUCCACAGUGCGCGAAGGGACCGGACGAGCUGUGUGGAGGACCGCGGGAACUCUACGGGACUUGCGGCGAGGGGAUGCACUGCAACUGCAACAGAUGCGUCGGCUGCAGUAUGGAGAAGUUCGGCUGUUCAAAAAUUCAAAACCCUUGCCUGCCGCACAAAAGCUCGGAGCUAAAUAGAUUCGGAAGAUUCACAGACGUCAUGUAGGAUGAUCGAACGGUUACCUUCGAAACCGGAAACAUUUUUAAUCGUCCCUCAAGCUCAAUAAAAAAAAAGGUAUCCGCGGUAUCAUUAAUAUAUUUAUCUCCGUACAUACUGUGCUCGUAUGUAUAUAGCAAAGUUGGAACCGGGGGAGGAAAAGCGAAAGCGGAGCGGUCAGACGGUCAAAUGUCCAUUUCUCGAUGUUGUUCUUUUUUUUUGUUCUUCUUCUAACGCUGACGAGAGAAAAGAUUCAUAUGUAUAGCGUUUUGCAAAGUAAGAAUGCAGAAAAGGAAAGAGAGAACGUGGCUAUCUCAUUUUUAUUGUUUCAUAUAUUCGAAUAAAUCUGUGCAUACACCGAAAUAUAUAAAAGACCUAACGCAUGAGAAUAAUAUUCUAUCGGACGCUGUGGAAAAAAAAGGAAACGAUUAUCUGGUGCAUUACAUUUGGUAAAUAAAACUGGAAUAAAAAGGAAAAAAAAUGGAACCUCGACGA